AUGGCUUGUUGCAUAUUUGGCAGUGCACCAGCGUACGUAGUACGCCUGGGGUCAUUCCUAAUGGGCAUGGAUAUUGAUGAAUGCAGUGACAGUAGCCACGACUGCAGUGCCAAUGCAGCAUGCACAGACACGCAAGGUUCCUAUACAUGCCAGUGCAAUGGUGGUUACACUGGAUAUGGCAGGAAUUGUUAUGAUGUUGACGAAUGUCUGAGUGAAAGUCAUACCUGCCAUGGCGACGCCACCUGUAAUAAUGUGGAAGCUAGCUUCCAAUGCACAUGUAACUCUGGUUACUAUGGUGAUGGCAAAUAUUGUACAGAUAUUGAUGAAUGCAGUGACAGUAGCCAUGACUGCGGUGCCAAUGCAGCAUGCACAGACACGCAAGGUUCCUAUACAUGCCAGUGCAAUGGUGGUUACACUGGAAAUGGCAGGAAUUGUCAGGAUGUUGACGAAUGUCUGAGUGAAAGUCAUACCUGCCAUGGCAACGCCACCUGUAAUAAUGUGGAAGCUAGCUUCCAAUGCACAUGUAACUCUGGUUACUAUGGUGAUGGAAAACAUUGUACAGAUAUUGAUGAAUGCAGUGACAGUAGCCAUGACUGCGGUGCCAAUGCCGUGUGCACAGACACGCAAGGUUCCUAUACAUGCCAGUGCAAUGGUGGUUACACUGGAAAUGGCAGGAAUUGUCAGGAUGUUGACGAAUGUCUGAGUGAAAGUCAUACCUGCCAUGACAACGCCACCUGUGAUAAUGUGCAAGCUAGCUUCCAAUGCACAUGUAAUUCUGGUUACUAUGGAGAUGGCGAAAAUUGCACAGAUAUUGAUGAAUGCAGUGACAGUAGCCAUGACUGCAGUGCCAAUGCCGUAUGCACAGACACACAAGGUUCCUAUACAUGCCAGUGCAAUGGUGGUUACACUGGAAAUGGCAGGAAUUGUCAGGAUGUUGACGAAUGUCUGAGUGAAAGUCAUACCUGCAAUGGCAACGCCACCUGUAAUAAUGUGGAAGCUAGCUUCCAAUGCACAUGUAAUUCUGGUUACUAUGGUGAUGGCAAAUAUUGUACAGUCCAGAACGAAUAG